GAUCCUUUUAUACUCUGAAACUUGCCUUGUUUUCGGUUUUUGCAGAGGAAAAUUUCAAAACCCCUCCAAAAUAUUUUCAAACACCCGCCUUCUCCCUUAUAUAUCCCCGGUCGUCAAUAUCUUCUUCUCCUUCGGACAACCCAGAACCAACUCUCUGGAAAAAACCCUUGCCCAUCAGUCACAACUCCACUCUAUUUCCCGCUUAUUCUCGCUCUGAUGGCGCACGAUACCCAGCUCCCCUGCGACGGAGACGGCGUUUGCAUGGUUUGUAAACAAAAACCAUCAGAGGAAGAGACCCUUACCUGCAAAACUUGCGCUACUCCCUGGCACGUCAACUGCCUUGCCAUUCGACCUGAAACCAUGGCCUCCGCGUUUCAGUGGGAGUGUCCCGACUGCUCACUUCCAGACGCUGGUAUUCAAGCGCCGAUCGUUGGAAACUCGGUUGCCUCUGGCGGAGACCUGGUGGCUGCGAUUCGGGCGAUCGAGGCUGAUGGGUCGCUCACUGAGCAAGAGAAGGCGAAGAGACGACAGGAGCUGAUGUGUAGAGGGGCUAAGUCGCCCGAUCUCAAUCAGGAGAAGUCGAAGACAGAGAUAAAUAGCGGAGAGAGCGACGUGCUCGAUCUCAUUGACGGAAGCAUCAACUGCUCAUUCUGUAUGCAACUACCCGAUCGACCCGUUACGACCCCCUGUGGGCAUAAUUUCUGCCUCAAAUGCUUCCAGAAAUGGACAGGACAGGGGAAGCAUACAUGUGCCAAAUGCCGUGCGACCAUCCCUGCCAAGAUGGCCAGCCAGCCUCGUAUCAACUCUACAUUAGUUGUUGCUAUUCGUAUGGCGAAGCUGUCGAAAUCAACAAACACGGUAGGGCCACCGAAAAUAUACCAUUCUGUUCACAACCAAAACCGCCCUGACAAGGCCUUCACCACAGAGCGGGCAAAGAAGGCUGGGAAGGCUAAUGCUUGUUGCGGGAAGAUCUUUGUCACUGUUCCUCCUGACCAUUUUGGACCCAUUACUGCAGAGAAUGACCCCAUAAAAAAUCAGGGUGUGUUGGUUGGGGAGACUUGGGAGGACAGAAUGGAAUGCAGGCAAUGGGGUGCUCACCUUCCCCAUGUUGCAGGGAUUGCAGGACAAGCAGAUUAUGGUGCACAGUCUGUGGCCCUAUCUGGGGGUUAUGAGGAUGACGAGGAUCAUGGCGAGUGGUUCCUAUAUACGGGAAGUGGUGGAAGAGAUCUUAGUGGAAAUAAGCGCACAAACAAGGAGCAAUCCUUUGAUCAGAAGUUUGACAAAUUAAACGAGGCACUGCGGGUCAGUUGCAAGAAAGGUUAUCCAGUUAGAGUUGUCAGGUCCCACAAGGAGAAGCGUUCUUCUUAUGCCCCAGAAACUGGAGUGCGAUAUGAUGGGAUUUACAGAAUUGAGAAAUGCUGGCGCAAAGUUGGAAUUCAAGGUUUUAAGGUUUGUAGGUAUCUGUUUGUUCGAUGUGAUAAUGAACCUGCACCAUGGACGAGUGAUGAACAUGGGGACCAACCUAGACCCUUGCCUGUAAUUAAAGAGCUAAAGGAGGCGACCGAUAUCACUCAACGGAAGGAAAGCCCAUGUUGGGAUUAUGAUGAUGAAGAAGGCCGUUGGAAAUGGAAAAAGCCUUCACCUCUCAGUCGGAAAUCAGUAAACCCGGAGGAUGGCAAGAUUGUAAGGAAGGCUAAAAGGCAAGGACAGAAUAUGUCUGUAAGGGAGAAACUCCUGAAAGAAUUCAGCUGCCAGAUAUGUCGGCAAGUGAUGAAUAUGCCCAUUACGACUCCUUGUGGUCAUAAUUUUUGCAAAGCUUGCUUGGAAGGUGCAUUCACUGGUCAAUCUUUUGUGAGAGAAAGGACAUGUGAGGGUAGGAAGCUGCGAGCACAAAAGAAUGUCAUGAAAUGCCCCUCCUGUCCAAAUGACAUUUCUGAUUUCCUUCGGAAUCCACAGGUGAAUAGAGAGUUGAUGGAUGUGAUUGAAUCUCUCAGAAGAAAGUCCGAGGAAACCGAGGAAAAUGUCACCGAAUCAAGUGAAGAAGCUGACAGAAUGGAGAUGCCUGACGCCAUAAUGGCAGAUAAUCAAACCGACGAAGUUAAAAUAGAAGAACCUGAAGAUGGCGUUAAGGACUCCCAGAAUCCCGCAGAAAUCGAACUAAAGCAAACUGCAAUGCUAGAACAUGUCAAGGAUGAUGCUGAAGCUCCGGGAAGUGAAGUAAAAUCCAAGCGGAGAAAGGUUAGUGGUGAGAAUUCUUCGUCGAGCUUGCAUGUGGGUGGAAGGACUAGAAGCAAGAUCAAGGAGUCUAAGGAGGUGGUGGAUGAAGGAAAUGUUUCAUCCCGAGAUGGACUGAAGACCAGGACCAGGAACAAGAGAAAACCUGAGGCGUCAUUGGAUGAAGGAAAUGUCUCACCAUCAAGCCCUCUCCAUGUUCAAUCAGAUGAUGACUUUGAAUGACGUAAUCAAACUCUUGUAUUUACUGUAAGGAAAUAUUUGCGGUUUUGUGAGUGGUGAUCUUAUAUCGAUGCUGAUCGGUGGUUCUUGAAGUCAUUGAAUAACCUUUUUUCUUUGUUUAUAUGCAACAAAUCAAAUGCCAUCUGGCUUAGGAACUAAUUUUUAGAGGCCACAUAAUUCAGUAAAGUAAUGCAUCUAUUGGUAAUGGAGACAUCCAUGGAAAAUUUUGUAGGUUA